CUGUGCAAGGCACGCAUUCCUCUACAAGGCACUCUUUUCGGAACGAGAAAUGGAAUAUCUUCGUCUAGGGUGAUCGUUGAGACGUAAAAGCUCCUGAUUUGUGCUAGUCUCAGCUCAAGCUACGAGACUGCUAUUCGAGUUCAAAACCCCAUGUUAAAAGUGAACUAUUUCCUUUAAGAACUCAAGGAGGUGCCGAUACAAAGGCUAAACCUCCGAUAACCAUCGCAUCGCAUCGUUCGUCGCGGUGGGCUUGGAAAGGUGAUCUGAGCUGAUUGAGCUGCCCAAGAUAAACCAGCAGCCAUGACAAUUCUAUUUAGUAUGAUUUCAAGAGGCACCACCAUCCUUGCCAAAUGCGCCACCUGUCCAGGCAACUUCAUGGAGGUGGUGGAGCUGAUCCUCCCCAAGAUUGGGCUGCAAGAUUCCAAACUUACCUAUGCCCAUGGAGACUAUCUGUUUCACUAUGUCACUGAGGCUGGAGUUAUUUAUCUUUGUAUCACAGAUGAUGCGUUCGAGCGUUCGCGGGCGUUCAGCUUCCUGCUGGAGCUGAAGAAGCGCUUCACCACCGUGUACGGGUACCGGCUGCACUCGGCUCUGCCGUACGCCAUGAACAGCGAGUUCUCUCCACUGAUGGCCAGCGAGAUGAGGCGGUACUCGGAGUCGAGGAGCACCCUAGCCAAGGCCCAGGCAGAUAUGGAUGAACUGAAGGAGAUCAUGGUGCAGAACAUCGACAGCAUCGCGUCUCGAGGAGAAAGGCUAGAGCUUCUCGUCAGCAAGACGGAAAACCUCAGUGCAAACAGCGUGAGUUUCCGGUCGACCAGUCGGAACCUAGCCAGGGCCAUGUGGUGGAAAAACGUCAAGAUCAUCGUGGCCUGCGCCGUGGUCUGUCUCCUGGUCCUCUACGGCAUCGUCACCUACGCGUGUGGCGGCUUCAAGUGGAGCAAGUGCACUUAGUGUCAGCCGAGGGAAGUGACUCCGUCGCCUGUCGUGAACGUCGCCGGUGCGGAGCCCGGACGUCCGCUUCUCCCGGCAGGAACCGGUCCAUUGUACUUCUCAGCUGGACUGCGCGGUCCUAAACAUUGUCUACAGUUACAGCUUCAUUUCUGUGUGCUACGUGGUCUGAGUCGGCUGAUUGGAUCGUCUAUAUGGGAGCCUCUGUCAGGUAUGUCUGAGGUGGUGACUGAUUGAAUCCAGGCAGACGUGAAGGCUGCCGGCUGCUGAUGUGUGUUAGAACAGUGGCUGGCUGGUGUAUACGGUGAGUUUGAGUCGCUCUUCUUGCUGGGUAUGCUGUGAACUCAAGUGCUAACAUUGUCAGACAAGAUAUCAAGAUAUUUGCGUUGAUCUGCCACACUACAUUAAAUCGAUUCAGCUUCCCAUCAACUAUACUUUCCACCCCAUCAUGCGUCAUGCGUAUUCGUAAUUCAUUCCGGUCAAUAUGAUAUUCAGACAACAGACAAUACUUCCUUGCAUCACUUGCUUGAUCUUUCUGAGCAAGCCUUCAUGAACAUUACAGAUUGGCUGAUGGUUAGUGCAUUUGGCAAAUCUGGUUGUAAGUGGCAGAGACCGGUUUAGAUGUUGGUCGACUAGUUUCAGCUGCGAUGGUAGAUGGACGACUUCUUGUAUGUACCGCAGGCAAAUAUGCGUGCCUGUUUGGGAUCGGACGGUCCACCUCAGACUAAGCGCGGCUAUACGGGUGCCCUGAACCCCGGAUGUAGCCCAGUGAGUGCCGGUGUGUAUAUUGAUAUAUCCUUUUGUGUAGGCUGUGUUUCCUGACCGGGAGGAUUUGCUUCAUCAAACGUUAUCUGGGUGCAUAUGUACUUAGUAUCUACCCGCAGCUGCAAGCGGUGUUGCGUUCGUCCCUGAAUUCCAGUAACCCUUCCGUUGCGUAUAGAUAUCCUAGGUAUCCACUGUACGGUAUUCAGUUGGUGCGCAGGUCUUGAUGGCUGCAUACUUUUGAUAACUUCCAACAACCAAUGUACCGAUGGGCUAUAUACGAUCUGUUUCAACAUCUACAAUAUAUUGGGCUGUGUUGUGAAUAUGAUGAUUAGCAGAUACGUAUUUGUUUGAUGAUGGGAUUGCCAUGCCAAGAUGUGAGAUGUGAAAUAUAACUCAGUAUUGCAUGUGCGCAAUUAUUCUUGUGUAAUAAAAGCAUCAUGAUGUGC